AUGUCAGAAGAAAUAUCACCAAAUGAUAGAAAAUUUAUUACUAAUCUUUUAACACAAAAGAAUCAAGAAAGUUUAUUAUUAUCAAUUGGAGAUAAAAUUAGUAAAAAGAAAAAUAAGAAACCAAGUAAAAGAAUUAUUUUAAUUACAAAAAAUCGUAUUUUUUUUUUGAAACCAAGUCAAAACAAAGUAAAGAAAGAUAUACAUUUAUUAGAUAUUCAAGAGAUUAAAUCAUCAACUUCAAAUGAAUUUACCAUCGUUGCCAAAGUUGAUAAUAAACAAUUCUCAUAUGGUUUAAUUACAAAUAAAACCGAUGAAAUCAUUAAUCAAAUUCGUGUUACUUUUAAUCAUCAAUUCUUUGGUUGUCCAGAGGAAUCAACUUUCAAAUGUACCGAUAUUAAAGAUUCAAGAUUGGUGGAAAUUGAACAAAAGGAUUUACCAUGUGGUGGUUUCGUUGAAACUUAUCAAUCGAUUUGUGAUCAUCUUGGUGUUCCACCACGUGAUGAUAUCUGUUGGGAUAUGACAAAUAUUAUCUCCUCUAAAAAUAUUAGAUCUUUUAAUAUUGGUGAAAUUGAAUUACCAACUUCUGCUGGUGAUACUAUUAGAUGUUUAUUAGGUGCUUUAAAAUAUAAUAAUUAUUUUAAGAGUUUUAAUUUUAAUAACUAUACUUUUAAUAAAGAACAAUUUGGAUAUUUAGCAGAGGUAUUAAAAUGUAAUUCAACAGUUGAAGAUCUUAGUUUAAAUAAUGUUGGUUUAAAACAUGAUACUAUGCCAAUUAUUGCAACAGCUUUGUCUUCAAAUAAAAAUUUAGCACUUACUGCAAUUGAUAUUUCAAAUAAUCAAAUUGAAGAUAAAGGUAUGACAGCUUUUUCAAGUUAUGUUGCUUCAAGUUUAAGAGGUAUUGCAUCAUUAGAUGUUUCAAAUACAAAUUGUAAUAAAGCUGGUAUUUCAGUAUUAACUAAUGCAUUGAAAAAGAAUAUAAAGAUGUCAUCAACAUUAUCUUAUUUAAAUUUAUCAGGUAAUAAGAUGGAAGCAGAUGGUAGUGCUGGUUUAUCAAGUUUUUUAGCAAGUCCAAAUACAUUGAAAACUUUAAACAUUUCAAAUACAACACCAUCAAUGGAAACAAUUGUAGGCGCAUUGGUAAUUGGUUGUGCUGAACUUAAAACAAUUGAUAUCUCUGAUAAUAAAUUAACCAAAAAAGAAGUACCACAUUUAGUUAGAUUCAUUGGUGCUUCUUCAACUUUAAAACAUUUCAAUUUAUCUGGUACAAAAGUACCUGUUGAAAAUUUAAAGGAAUUAGUUGUUGCAAUUACUUCAAAUAUUUAUUUACAAGAUGUUGUAUUAGAUCUUAAAAAUAAUGAUUUAGGUAUUGCAGGUGCAAGAAUGUUAGCAUCAUUAGCAACAGAUAAAUUAUCAAAUGUUAUUUAUUUAGAUGUAUCAGAAAAUGAUUUUGGUGAUGAAGGUGUAUCAGUAAUUUGUGAUGGAUUUGUUGGUAAUAGUACAAUAAAGAAAUUAAUUUUGAAUGGUAAUUUUAAACAAUCUAAAACCAAAUCUAGACCAUCAGCAAUUGAAAGUGUUAUAUCAUUGUUAGAGUCUGAAUGUCCAUUGGAAACACUUCAUAUGACAGUUGGUAAUAGUAAAUCACCUUUGAAAGCCGAUAUUCUUUCAUUGAUUUAUUCAUUGGCAACCAAUUCAAGUUUAUUGGAAUUGGAUAUUUCUGGUCACCAAAUGGGUCCAAAAGGUGCCAUUGGAUUGGGUAAAGCAUUGCAAACCAAUAAAACUUUACAUACUUUGAUUUGGGAUGAUAAUUUAACAACUGCCAUUGGUUUCGCUGGUUUUCAAGUGGGUUUAGAGAGAAAUUUAACCCUCAAGAAUAUGCCAACACCUUUGAAUGAUAUUAUUCAAUGUCAUCGUGAACCAAAAUUCCAACAAAUUUGGAAGGAAAUCGAUUCAUGUAUCAAUAGAAAUCAAUCACCAACUCGUGCAUUCGAAGGUAAUGGUGGUAAUAGUAUUGGUGCUACUAAUCUUUCCUUCUUGGCAAGUGGCCAACAACAAGGAGUUGAAAAACUUUUAAAUAAAAUCAAAAGUAUCGGUAGAAAAGUAACAGAUCCAAACAACAUUCUCAUAGUUAAAGAUGCUGAAAGUACUGAAAAAGUGAUUGGUGGCAUUCAUCUCAUUAAGGAAUCAAUUCAUGCCUCUUUGGAAAUGGAACUCAAUCAAAAGUUAAAGGAUUUCGUUCAAGUUGUUAACGAUGUAAUUAAUGCUAAAAAGAAUGAAAUGACUCAACAAAUCUUGGAGAGUAUGCAAAAUACUUUCCAAUCUAUGGAUGGUCCAACCAUUAAACGUCUGGCCACAACCAUUCAAUAUGGUUCAAAGGAUGUCGAUGAACAACAAAUUCAUUCAACCCUCGUUAAAGGUGCUGGUGCUGAAUUAAGUUCUCGUGCUCAUGAGUGUUUCAUUAGUGCCUUGGAUAUUGCCUCUGAUUAUACCUACGAGAAAAUUACCAUUGGCUUGGAUAGUGUUUUCAAGGAUUUAAUAUUGGAAGAAUCUCAAGCUCAAAAUGAAGCUAGUGGUGCCACCCCAAUUCCAGAUAGUCCUGUACCAACAAGAUCACCACAACCAACCUCACCACCGAUCACUCCACAACCAACUCCAACCACCAAUGUUCCACCUGUCACUGCCCCAAGAACUGGUGCUGCUGCUCCUCUUAAACCUGCAAAUCCACCACCAGUUUCAACUACAACUACACCACCAGUUUCAACUACACCAAAACCAACUCAACCAGUCUCUAAAUUUGGUGCUAAAUUAUCAGCAAACUCUGCUGUCGCCGAGGCUAUCGCUAGAAAUAUGGGUGGAGGUGCGCCACCAAUCAGAAAACCAGUAGCACCAGAACCAGAACCAGAACCAGUCACUCCAACUAAAGAUGUUACACCACUUAAAUCAAAACCUGUUGUUGCUCCAAGAUCAACUCCAACCACUUCAACCCCAACUAAAACACCUGUUAAAAAACCAUCUGGUCCAAGUGUACCAGGUUCAUUAUCAGAUGCACCAGAAAGUGAUUCUGCUGAAUUAACUCACGUUACUGCUAGUAGACCACAUAUUGCUUCAAAGAGAAAACCACCAACAAGAAGACCAAGACCACCGACCGAAAAUUAA